ACGGAACCUUCUAUAGUGAAGUUGUUUCAUGGGAGACAUUUUAUGUAGUUACACUGCGUUCAAACUGAUAAUAAUGUGCUGAUAGCAUGGAUGAUAGGUCAUGAAGAGGUUGUCCGUUUUAUAGUUUUUGACACUGUUUGUGGCCUACUGUUGAAAUGACAACAUACUUUUAACUUAGCUAGUUGUAAUGUCCGUGGUAAUCACGCUGCCAGUAGCUGACGAACGGAUAGGGAAAGAUGUUGCCGAUAAACCGCUAGUCAUAGUCGUGUUUGCGCGUUUUUUCCCAAAUUAUACUUGUUUUCUAAAUACGAAUUAGUGCUAACGUUACCUGUGUAACCAAUAUGUCAGAACAUGAUCGGGGGAAUAUUCUGGAGAAGCGGAUGCAAGUAACCAGUGGACACGAUGGCAGUAACAAAAAACGCUGGGGUCUGAUUGCAACAGGAAUUGUUGGGGGGUCACUGGUUGCACUUUAUGCAAUUGCGACACCUUUUGUCACACCUGCGUUGAGGAAGGUGUGUCUGCCUUUCGUGCCUGCUACUCCAGCUCAGAUUGAGAAUGUUUUGAAGGUUCUGCAACAGGGAACGGGAACAUUGGUCGAUAUUGGAAGUGGUGAUGGACGAAUUGUGAUCGCAGCAGCGAAGAAAGGCUUUCGGGCUGUGGGCUUUGAGUUGAACCCGUGGCUGGUCUGGUACUCCCGAUACAGGGCGUGGAGGGAAGGAGUUAACCACAACACUGCAUUCUAUAUAUCUGACCUAUGGAAGGUCAGUUUUUCCCAAUACACCAAUGUUGUGAUAUUUGGAGUCCCCCAGAUGAUGGCCCAGCUGGAGGAGAAGCUUCAGGGAGAGCUCCAGAGCACAGCCAGAGUGGCAGCCUGCCGCUUCCCCUUUCCUACGUGGGCACCCGACCACACGGCUGGCGAGGGAAUCGACGCGGUGUGGGUGUACAAUGCAAAGUCCUUCAAAUCACUACAGGCAGGAAGCGAGCAGGGCAGGAGUACGAGUACAGAGCACACGGGCAGCGGAGGAUGAGACCCUGACCUUCCCAUUUACACCACUGAUGUGUCUCGCCGAGCGACUGAAAAUGUCGCCAGUUUGUCGAGGUCUGAUUUCUGUGUGAAAGACUGAGGCCACCAAGCCACAGAUAACAUUUCACUGGGGACAGGCAUAUCCCAUUGGACACAGAUUUUCUUUUUUUAUAUUAAAAUUAUUGAAACCUG